AUGAGCUCCCUCCAAGUCCUACCACCCUCAGCCGGCUAUGGCAUUGUCAUCGGCAUAGGCACACUCUUCGCCCUGUUCAUGCUUAGCCUAACAUGGCUCCAGAACCGAUACACGACGUUCUCAACACACCGCGCCGAAGAAUUCAACACAGCCUCCCGCUCCGUCAAACCUGGCCUUAUCAGUGCCGGCAUCGUCUCAUCCUGGACCUGGUCCGCCACCCUCCUCACAAGCUCCACCUUCGCCUACGAGUAUGGCGUCUGCGGUCCAAUGUGGUAUGCCGCAACAGGCACAUUGCAAAUCCUACUAUUCGGGCUCAUCGCUAUCAAGAUCAAAACAAAUGCGCCGGGCGCGCAUACCAUGCCGGAAAUCGUGCUGAGUAGACAUGGAAAAUGGGCCCACAUCACAUAUCUGUACUAUGGACUCGCUACCAACAUGCUCGUUGGUGCUUGUCUGGUGCUUGGCGGCGCGCAAGUCGUGGGUGCGUUGACGGGAAUGAAUGUCUAUGCUGCUAGCUUUCUGAUCCCGGCUGUCGUGGCGGUUUAUGUCAUUGCGGGCGGCUUGAGAUCGACCUUCAUUGCGGAUUAUACUCAUACUGUUAUUCUUUUCGUUGCGAUUUUGGUGUUUGGAUUCUUGGUUACCGCGACCAGCGAUUUGAUCGGGAGUCCUGGGAAGCUGUAUGACUUGCUGAUCGCCGCCUCGGAGAAGAUGCCCAUUGAUCGCAAUAGUGAGGGAUCGUAUCUCGCAUUUCGAUCUGUGGGUGGUCUCAUCUUCGCAUGUGAUUUGUUUGUUGCUGGGUUCACAACGGUUUGGCUGGACCAAGCGUAUUGGCAGCGAGCUAUUGCCUCCAAGCCCGAGACUUCCGUCAAAGCUUAUAUUCUAGGAGGCAUUGCUUGGUACGGAAUUCCUUUUGGCUUCGCGACAAUCAUGGGACUGGGUUGCGCAGCGCUGACCGGAGACCCGCGCUUCCCAACAUAUCCAAACCCCCUAACAAGCGAGCAAGUCGGAGCAGGUCUCUCUGCGCCAGCGACCGCGAUCGCUCUACUCGGAAAAGGCGGCGCAGUGCUGAUCUUAAUCCUUCUGUUCAUGGCUGUCACGAGCUCUACAUCCGCGGAGCUGAUCGCCGUUUCGUCGCUACUCACCUUUGAUGUAUAUAAAACUUACUAUCGCCCGAACACCGACUCCCAGACCCUGGUCAAGGUGAGCCACUGGGGUAUCGCACUCUACGCGAUCGUACUAGCUGUUUUCUGCUGCAUUCUCAACGCAGCAGGGAUAAGUCUGACAUGGGUGUUGACUGUGUUGGGUGUCAUUGUUGGCGGUGCAGCGCUGCCGGUCGGCAUGAUCUUACUCUGGGAGCCCAUGUCGACAGUUGCCGCGAUCGGCGCUCCUUGGAUCGGCUUCGCGUGCGGCGUGACGGUGUGGUUCGUCACGGCAUACAAGCGAUCGGGAACCAUCGAUGUCGCUAGUACGGGCGAUACAACCAACGCGCUAGCUGGUAAUCUGGCGUCGUUUGGUGUUGGGUUCAUCAUGGCUGUUGUGCUGAGUUACGCGUUCCCGAAGAAAAGCCGCCCCGACUCGACAGCCAUCGCUGGGGUCGCUGUUAUAGAAUCACCGGUGAAUUUCCAGGAGAAAAUUGAUAAGGCUGGGACUGAGAAGCCGGGUAUGCCCCUGGCUGAGGAAGCCCCGGUGCCAAGGAAUGAAUUGGUCGAUUAUCUCGAGUCCAAUGAUGUCGAGCCGAUGGACCCGGUCCUUGCCAAGAAAGGAGAGCGAAUCGCCUGGGUUGCGAAUGGGAUAUUCUUCUUUGGCGCAGUGGUAUUGGUGCCAUUUACAUUAUUCGGAACUCAGUAUAUUUAUAGUCGGUCAUUCUUCACUGGCUGGGUUGUGGUGGCUUUCAUCUGGAUCUGGGUCAGUGUUUUGAUCUGUGUGGUGUGGCCAGUGGUUGAGAGUCUGGGGGCCUUGCGGGGCAUAUCAGCCGGGUUAUGGAUAGAUUUGCGGUCGCUAGUCGCAGGUGCAAACGAAAGGGGAAGUGAGACAGUCUGA